AUUAAACUGACGGUCGUACUGUAAGCUGUCAAAAGCUUGUUGCUUAGCUUAAAUCUGUGCAGCGCUAGAGUAAAGUAAAGAAGGAACGAGGUCGAAAUAACAAGCUACAAUUACAUGAACAGGGAAACACAUUCAACGGGCUGUUGAGCGGACAUUUCGGAAGCACUUGACAUCUUGUUGUCGUUGACGUUUAGCGCAGGUCGGGCUGCCGUGUGGUCCCGUCCUAGCUGGUGCGUGAUUCGCCGUUUCCUCCGGGAGAGCGGUUGGUCCGCGAUGAUGAGAUCCCCGACAAAAAGUGCCUUCCAGAACGUAGCCUCGACUUGAAGUGGGUCCGCCUGUGUUGCCGGCCUUUGCUUUCUUUGAGGACAGACCCGAGCAGCAUCGCAGGAAACCUCCGUCCUGAACAGCAGCAGCAGCACCUCAAAACGCUGAAAUAGAGCCACAGUACAAGAGACCAGAUACUAAUGACAUGAGAAUGUACGACUAAAGUGACAAGUCCUAAUUAGAUUUCCCUCACUCGUCCGCUAUUUAAGGGCGCCAGUCUUUGUGGAGGACACUCUUGAAUGUGUCAGAAACCCAACGCGUCUUCACGUGGGUCCCCUCUCCCUUUGAUGGGUGAUUUGUCAUUUAGUGGCCAGCCGUCCGAUCGUUCUGCUCCAGCUGAUGGAGGACUCGCCAGGGCGUUUUAAAAGGGGACAUUGCGCAUAAAGACAACCUGCAGCCUUUGGUGUACGAGCCACAGUAGAUUAAAUAAAAAAAACCCAAUAUAUGCUUAUAACCUUUGGUCAUGGCGUUGAACAUUUCUUCUGUGAGAGACACAAAAUGGCUAACUCUGGAAGUCUGUCGGCAGUUUCAGCGAGGAAACUGUUCACGCAGUGAUGAGGAAUGCAAAUUCGCUCAUCCGCCGAAGAGCUGCCAAGUUGACAAUGGGAGAGUUGUUGCCUGCUUUGACUCACUGAAGGGCCGAUGCUCAAGAGAAAACUGCAAGUAUCUUCACCCACCUUCACACUUAAAAACCCAGUUGGAGAUAAAUGGGCGCAACAACCUCAUCCACCAGAAGACGGCAGCGGCCGUGCUCGCCCAACAGAUGCAGCUGAUGAUCCCGGGGCCCAGCCUGCAGUCUGUGCCGACAUUUCAUGUUACACAGGGACUGGGCGCAAAUACCGGUCUCGGCUACGGCUCAUACAUGACACCUUUGAGUCACGGAAUGAGCCUCAUCCAAGCGGACAACCUCUCCAACGCCUCGGUUCUGGUGUCCGGGAACCCAAGCGUCACGGUGCAGAACUCCUCUUCCUCCUCUUCCUCUUCCUCUUCCUCUCCCUCACAGAAGCUGCAACGCACGGACAAACUGGAGGUGUGCCGCGAGUUUCAGCGCGGCAGCUGUGCGAGAGGGGAGACGGACUGCCGCUUUGCUCACCCCAGUGACAGCCCCAUGAUCGACACCACGGACAACACCGUCACCGUCUGCAUGGACUACAUCAAGAGCCGCUGCUCCAGGGAGAAGUGCAAGUAUUUUCACCCGCCUGCACACUUGCAGGCCAAGAUCAAGUCUAGUCAACAGCAAGGCAGCCACGCAGCCAUGGCCGCCCAGGCCGCAGCCGCAGGCAUGACUCAGUCGACUGCCAAAGCAAUGAAGCGAUCCCUCGAGGCAACUGUAGACCUGGCCUAUCCCUACAGCGUAUCCCUACCAAAGAGACCGGCUUUUGAGAAGAGCGGCUGGGCCAGCUCUCUCCUCAGCCCCAGUUUUUUGCACUACCAACAGGCUCUGGCCAACACGCAGCUGCAGCAGCCCGCUGCUGCAUUCUACCCGGCAGGUUCUGUCUUCUGCAUGACUCCCAAUAACGGCAUUGUGCCCAUGAUGUACAGUGCUACGCCUGCUACUGCAGCACCUACUCACGCCACAAGUGUCCCCUACGCAGCAACAGCGCCAGCUCCAGCCAAUCAGAUCGUCCUCAAGUAACCACCAGGGACGGAGGUCUGUGCCGCGUUGCUGCUGUUAAAGACGCCAAACAACUGCUCUGUAAAUAUUCUGUUAACACCAGACACAACUUACAACAAGCUGCAUGCUGAUAACCCCGACGAACAAGUUGAAGACAUUACUUCGAUCCCUCACACUAAACUGCGUGGCUCAAUGACUUGGAUUAUACUGUGUUAUAGACGUGUUGCAGAAGCUCAUUGUAUGCACGCAGCUUUGCGCCUGCGUUAACAUGCAUCAUCAGUGACCUGCACAAUAUCCUGGUUUUCCUUUCCAAAACAGUUCUGAGAGCGUCGAGCUUCUUAAUCGGUAUAAACGCAAAGUGUCUACAACCUCAUUCAUUAAGGUUGUUUUCUCUGAACAAACACAACCAGGAAACGUAUAGAAAUUAAACAAUUAACAACAUGGAAACAAACAGAAAUAUCGUCCACUGUCAGAUUAGGAUUGUGUAGUUAUUUCAGAGGAAGAGAGGAGUAGGAGAGAGGAAAUCUACAAACCAUAUUGAGACCAGUUGAUAAAAAAAGACCUGUAUGAGAGGUUGUUCAAAUUGUACCCUCAAGAUAUUGAGCGGCAACUUACUUUCCUUUCUUGAAUGUGUAAUGUAAAAAUGCUUUUAGGAAUGAUUGUUUAUCUAGUGCCAGCUUUAACUCUCUAAUUAUUAAAACACCACAUUGUAAACUAUAGUUUCCUUUUAAAUGUUGUUAGGUUAGUGCAUCUGUAUUGUUUACCCUGUCAGCCUCAGAGAACAGGAUCAGUCCUCCACCUCCUGGUGUGCCUUUGCAUUGCACAUACAGCAUGUUUGCCAAGUCAACAUACUGAACGAUCCAUUUGCUGCACAUACUUUUUUUUCAAGUCAGUACAGCAACAACAAUUCAAACACUUAGAUUUCCUUCUCUUUAUUGGCAAAAAAAGAGAAAUAAAUAAUUAGAAAUUGGAUUAUCGGUCACGGUUGACUUGUUGAUAUGUAUGUAAAUGGUUUCGACUUCUGGAGCCAGUUUCACAAAGAUAGACUUUGGUUUAGGUCGCAUCAAUACUCAUAUUUAAGAUGUUUCAGAGGUCCAGUUCAAAAAUGAUCUUAAGCGGGACAUAUUCCUGACACCUCAUCAAUCUGUCUGGUGUAAAACAAUGAAACAAGGACUCUGUACAAGGGGAAAAUACAACCCAGUAGUAUAAGAUGUUGGCCGUGUGCAGACCUGCAGCAUAGCUGGGCUGUGGCCUCUGCAUCCCUCAGGCUCUGUUCAGCCAAAUUUAAAACCGGUUACUUUGUUCUUUAAAAUCUCGUUCCUUUCUCAUUACUCGCUUCACAACAUUGUAAGAAAACCAUAAAUGAUGAGCCAUAAUAUCCCCCUCUUUGGUGCCACUGGUCAGCAGGUGCCACUGAUUGUUACCAUGGAAAUACCCCCCUUAGUAGGUUCAAAAUAAGCCCAACUUGAUUUUUGUGAGACGGUCCAACUUCCAUAUGUCAAAAUUAGCGCCGUAUGGAGCUUCUUUGUGAAACCAGCUUGUGCUUCAACGUGUUUUUGGGAAGAGCCAUUCAAGUCACCUCAACAAAAUGGGUAUUCAAUUACUACUGUUUGUGUUGAAACUAGAGCUCCUGUAAUCGUAUAAGGGAUGAGUUGAGUAGUGUGUGAACUGUUAGUCUUAAUGUUACAAUCAGUUGUCAGUACUGUAAUAUUUGAAUGUUAUAAGUGCCUGAAGAAUCGUACAGAUGAGGAUAUCCGUGCACAUUUAAAAGGCUUUGUGUGAAAAAUCACCACGUUAAAUUUACUCUACUUAAGUCUCAUUUAAAAGAAGUUUUUUGCAAUGCUUUGUUAGUGCAUUUGCCAAUUCAUUUUUCACUGACGUUCAAGUCUGUAUGUGUGUACGAUAAAUGAGAGUUAUUAUCCAGCUUCAUUUCAUCAGGUCCACUAAGAUGAUAAGUGCUUCAUGCACACUUAAAUACUUAAUGUAGUAAAGUAGAGCUUAAAGAGGUUAAGGUUUAGCAAAGUUAAGUUGUGUUUGGUUGAUAACACAUUAUGCAAUGACCCUACUUUGUUUGAAAAGGACAGCAGACGGACUGGGUAUUGUGUCUGCUUGGGUAAAAAACAAAACCGAUGUUCAAGACGGAUGUAAAUCCCUCACAAAUGUUCUCUUAUACAGAGAGUUUUAGUUGUGCUGUUCGGAAAACGGCUCGUGCAGACAUCAACCUUUUGAUUUAUGUUUAUGAUGUCUUUUCCUUUUUUUUAUGAAAGUGUGUGUGUGUGUGUGUGUGUGUGUGUGUGUGUGUGUGUGUGUGUGUGUGUGUGUGUGUGGGUGUGUGUGUGUGUGUGUGUAUGCAUGUGUACACUUUUUAACUCAGACAAUCCACCAAGAGAUAUUUCAUCUGUUCACUUAGUUUUUUUCUUGAUUUGUCGUGAGAAGUUUCAUACACUAUUGGUUGGAAUAUAAGGAGUAUACUUGCAUAUGUUAAUAGUUCAACAUUAGAAAAGAACACUUUUAAAAUGUAAUCUCUUCUAUUUUAUGAUGAAUGUAAUUUAUUAAACUGACUUUAGCUCUGCUGGAGGUUCCUCAAAGGGCCUUGAUCUGUUGUAUUAGCCUACGAUAAGCCGUCUUGUGUCCAGGGAUCUAAUGUCGGAGCAAAGAGAAGCUGAACAUAUUUCAUCCCUGUCACUGCCUUGUCACCUGUGAGGGACGACAGCCUUUGUCUGAGCAAGGCCAUGGAAUUGCUUUUUAUGUACAAAAGUGCAUUGUACAGGCCACAUUUUACGGAAAAGUAACUUUCAUAAUAGCGUAAUAAUAGUUUGUCAUUUAAUUGUGAUGUUGAGGCAAUCUGAAGUCGCAGUGAUUAAAACAAUCUUUGUGGGUGGGACAAAGUUGUUUUUCCUCCUCACAAAACACAUUAGAUUGUUCUGUCAGAUAUUUGACUUUAUAAUGCCAUGGUGAAACACUGUAAGUGAUCCAGUGCAUGAGAAUAUAUAUAUAUAUAUAUCUAUAUAUAUAUAUAUAUAUAUAUAUAUAUAUAUAUUGAAAUGUAAAUUGUGUGUUUUAUAUGGGCACCACUGCAUGUCAGCAUCUUGCAGCAAACAUAUAAUCCACCCUUGGAGAGUCUGCAGUCAGAUGAUCUGGAGUUUAUGGUUUGACAUCUGAUUGAAAUUAAAUUCUCUUUUCAUAAUAUGAUUGCUUUCAAAGUUAAAGUUAUUAUUAGAUUCAAUGACAUGUUUUCCCGUAUUUAUUAUAUCUGCGAAUGAAAGGCAUAGCACAGAGUGUUUGUUUCACCUUUUGGCAAAUACGCUUGAAUGUCACGGAACAUCUGCACAUGGAAGUUGUUUGAGAUUCGGAUCACCCAGUCAAAUAGAUGUGGACAGCAAGAAUGUUUGGUCAGACUGACUUAAGCACUUUCUCAACCGUCAGACUGAGAAGACAUGCUUUUUGUGAACUUUGCCUUAUCUUUAAUCUAUUCCUGUUUUUUUUUAAAAUUUUAUUUCUCUAGUAAUUAUUAGUUAUAUAUUGUCUAAUAAGUAAAAAUAUGUUUAACUCAGCUUCCCUGUGAAAUUAUUGCUAGAUAAGUUUUGAGUUUGAGGCCAAAUUGACAGUUUGUAAAAUAUACCCCAAAGCUCUCCUGAUGGGACUGGCUACGUUGCUUGUUGAAAUAUAUAUCACAUAGUAAAAUAUGCUGGUGUCAUUACUUUUAAUCUGGUCCUGAAUAUAAACUGUCCCCUCUUCUUUUUUUUAACAUACUUUGGAAAAUUAUUUUAUUUGUGUAUAAUUAAACAUUUCAUGUUGAUAGUUCUGCUCCUGUAAAAUCCAAAUGGUGUAAUAUCUAAUAUUGCAAAUAAAUAAAUGUCAAUUAAAUGCU